AUGAGUUUGUCAGAUUUGAAGAACAGCAUCUUGGAGAAGCUUGGCGUGUUGGGUAGCAAGUGGGUGAAGAAACUAUUCUACAAGAUUCCCAUGGCGGUUGUCUCGACCGGUGUUCAGAGUUUUCCGGAGAUCAGAAUCCAUGAGUUGUUCGCGAAGUUGGAGGUUGGUGGCGAUAGUUCUGGGGCAUCCGCUCCAGUUCCUAGCCCAACUGCCGCGGGUGGUGCAUCUAGUUCGAUGCCUGCGGUCAGACUGUAUCUUCCACCGGUUCAAUCACCUUCGUUUGCGGCUGAUUUAGACCAAACGGAGGUUGUUGGUUCUGUACCUUUGGAAAAUGCAGCAGUCAUUGAGCCUCCCCACGUUGUGGGCACCGGUGGUGGCCUGGUACCUUAUAUCGAAGACUUUGGUGGACCUGAUCAAGUAGAGAAUGCAAUGCGUGACGAUGAGUCUGGCCAGGAGCCUGUUGAUAUCGUUGGUGACAGCGACGAUGACACAGGUGGCGAUCCACAUGCGCAGCAUCGGCCUUCAAGUUCUGAAUUUCAGAUUGGGCAAUCAUUCCAGAGUAAAGAUGAAGCUGUGCUGAGUGUCAAGGACUAUAGCAUCCGGCGAGGUGUUGAGUACAGAGUCAUCGAAUCAGAUCAUUUGAAGUAUCAUAGAAAAUGCAAGGAAUUCGGCAAGGGUUGUAGUCGGUUGAUUCGUGUAGUGCUUCAUGCACGAAAGGGCACUUGGGAGGUUAGGAGGUACAACGGGCCACACACAUGCCUCGCAACUUCUAUUUCAAGUGAUCACCGUCAGCUGGAUUACCACGUUAUCUGUGCGAGGAUUCUUCCUAUGGUUAGGGCAGAUGCUGCGGUUACGGUAAAGGUACUUCAACAAGCGACAGAAUCCGAUUACGGUUUCAGGCCUAGUUACAGGAAGGCGACAAAGCUGGGAACAAUCACGGUGCUGAAGAGGUCUCCUGUUUGGAUUGGUGGUGGGGUUGAUGAGUCCACGGUGUACUUUCACCGGCUUUUCUGGACAUUUCCACCCUGUAUUGAGGCAUUCCGGCAUUGCAAGCCCCUCGUCAGUAUUGAUGGUACCCACUUGUAUGGGAAGUAUGGAGAGACGCUGCUGUUGGCGAUAGCUCAGGACGGGAACUCGAACAUUCUCCCGAUAGCAUUUGCCCUUGUGGAGGGUAAAAAUGCAGAGUCGUGGUCAUUCUUCUUGUCCAAUCUCCGAGAGCAUGUGACUCCUCAGGAGGGUAUCCUUGUUAUCUCUGACAGGCAUAAUGGGAUCAAGGCAGCGCUUGAGGCACCUGAGACUGGGUGGCUGCCUCCUCGGGCUUUCCGGGCCUACUGUAUUAGGCAUGUGGCUGCGAAUUUCACCCUAACGUUCAAAGGUAAGGACUCAAGGAGGAUGUUGGUGAAUGCUGCCUACGCAAAGACUGAGGCUGAGUUUUACUACUGGUUUGACAUCAUGCAGACUGAGAAUCCAGCAAUGUGUGACUGGGCCAACCGGAUGGAGUAUGACAAAUGGACCCAACAUGAGGAUGCUGGUCGACGGUUCGGGCACAUGACCACAAACAUCAGUGAAUGUGUGAACUCUGUGCUAAAGGGAACUCGCAACCUGCCGGUCACAUCGUUGGUUAAGUCAACCUACGAGAGGCUUGCUCAGCUAUUUGUGGUACGGGGACAGACAGCAGAGGCACAACUCGGAUCUGGGCAUGAAUUCUGUCAGGCAUUGGUCAAGGCUAUUGAUCGGAACCUAAGAGACUCUAGGUGCUUCACUGUGACAUUAUACGACAGGCAUCAGUCCGAGUACACCGUCGUGGAGACAACACCAACCGGGAGCUUCUCGCUGGGUAGCUAUAGAGUUUCCCUUAAGGAUCACCGAUGCAACUGUGGCCACUUUCAGGCGAUGCAUUAUCCUUGUUGCCACGCCAUUGCUUGUUGCGCCUACUCCCGGCUUAACUGGGUGUCAUAUGUUCACGAGGUGUAUCGUAUGAGUGAGGUGUUCAACGUUUACAAGCAGGGGUUUCUCCCACCUAUCCCUGAAGGACUAUGGCCUCCAUAUGCUGGGCCUACCAUCAUCCCUGACCCUAAUAUGUGGCGUGCAAAGGAAGGUCGUCAAAAGACAACCAGGGUCCGUGGCAGUAUGGAUCAGUCUCAGGAGAACCAGCCGAAGCGUUGUGGGCUAUGCCGUCAGCCUGGGCAUACGCGGAGGAACUGUCACCAGCGAAGACAGAGUGGUAGAGGGGAUGCGUAG